AUGUUUGCAUCACUUUUCAUAGUUCUUCUCCUGGAAACGGUAGGAUUUUUCUCGAGCUGAAAAAGUUUUCCUAACCAAACACUUUCAGAUCUCCUGCUCACAGAUAAUUCUGAUCUAUGGAACUCUGAAUGUGUCAGAUGUUUUGAGCACAACUUCAGUUUCUGACAAGGAAUCAUGUUCAGAAUUAUGUUUAUCUGAAGUUAAUUGUGUUUCCUUGUUUUUUAUUCCCGCUUCUGGAUCUUGCUCGAUUUAUUCAAUGUAUCAAGUGUUAUCCUAUCAGAAAAAUGAUGUUUCGGAAAAUAUUGUUGGAAUCAAGGUAAGGGGAUCAGAAUUUGGAUGCUUCAGAAUCCAGUCUCUUCAGACAAACUCCUCUAGUUCAACCUGUCCUUCAACAUUCUCCGAUGUCAAUUUAUCUGGUGAUGUAAAUGGAAUUGCAUAUCAAUUUUCAGCAGAUUCAAGUUUUAGUUAUCAAACCUGUCCAGAUGGAUAUAAGCAAUUUACAAGAACUCGAGGAAUCUGGUGCAUGAAACUUUAUGAUUUCCAAACUGCUCCAAUCUCAAUGGACAUCUCAUAUUGUUCGCAAUAUUCGGCGUAUUCAUCAGGAUUCGAUAAUUCUGAUGAAGUUGAAUACAUAACAUCAGAAAUUGUGUCAAUUCCGAUGUUACGACUGAAUAUUGGAACGGACGGAUAUCGAAGUCCUUCCUGUUAUAAUUCCACAACAAUUUGGUGUGAUGAUUAUGAAUGGUCGAAUAAUUAUACAAAUUAUCCAACUUUUAUUAAUUGGGGAACUUAUAAUCCAUCAAGAUGGGAAGGUUCAAUUCAAGCAAAUCAACUGUCGAUUUGGGUUGGGGAUGAUUGUUAUGUGGAUAUUUUUGAUGAUAUUUCAAACGAGGAUCUGAUUUAUGGAUUUAUUUGCGGAGUUCCUUUGGGAAAUUGGGAUUUUAACUAA